AUGGGUAACCGUGUCACCCGCGAGGACUUCGAGUGGGUCUACACGGAGCAGCCCCACACGCAGCGCAGGAAGGAGAUCCUGGCAAAGUAUCCAGAGAUCAAGACUCUGAUGGGACCGGAUCCACAUUUGAAGUGGAUUGUAACUGGAAUGGUUUUCAUGCAGUUUCUAGCAUGCUACCUGGUGAAAGACCUACCUUGGAAAUGGAUUUUCUUCUGGGCUUACGCUUUUGGGGGUUGCAUCAACCAUUCGCUGACCCUAGCCAUCCAUGAUAUUUCACACAACGUUGCCUUUGGGAACAAGCAGGCCAAGUGGAACCGAUGGUUUGCAGUCUUUGCCAACUUGCCGAUUGGCAUCCCUUAUUCUGCGUCCUUCAAGAAAUACCACAUUGACCAUCAUCGGUACCUUGGUGGGGACAGCCUGGAUGUGGACAUUCCCACGGACUUUGAAGGCUGGUUCUUCUGUACACCACUUCGGAAACUGCUUUGGCUUUUCCUCCAACCUCUGUUCUACAGUCUGAGACCACUGUAUGUGAACCCCAAAGCAAUUACACGGAUGGAAAUUUUUAACGCUCUCGUCCAGUUUUCUAUAGACCUUAUGAUUUACUACCUUUGGGGGCUCAAACCUAUUAUUUACUUAAUAGCAGGUACAAUUCUUUGCAUGGGUGUACAUCCCAUUUCUGGACACUUCAUAGCAGAACACUACAUGUUCUUAAAAGGGUAUGAGACAUACUCUUAUUAUGGACCUCUGAACUGGCUCACCUUUAAUGUAGGCUACCACAUGGAGCAUCAUGACUUCCCCAGCAUUCCUGGAUGCAGAUUGCCAAUGGUGAAGAAGAUUGCAGCAGAAUAUUACGAUAACCUCCCACAUCACCAGUCCUGGAUUCGAGUUCUGUGGGACUUUGUUUUUGAUGACGCUAUUGGUCCUUAUUCAAGGGUUAAGAGACUAUGCAAGCUGGCAAAAGAAAGCUAACGGACUAGCUCUGCCUGCUGCAUUGGUGUUUUGUUUGUUCAUUUGAAUGACUUGAGUUUUCUGCAGAAGUGGAAGGAUGUUUGUGUGUGCUGAAUUAGCAUUGGUAUGUGCUCCUUAGACCAAGAGGAUAAGUGUGAAAAUGAAGCAAUUGGAUGUGCUAUUUUAGACUAUUGAUACUGUUUAAUAAAGGAUAUUUGUGUAUGUAACCCUGAGAAACUAGAUUAGAGUGAGCUGUGAUUAUGUGAACCUUUGGUCUAGGCUUAGAAUUAACU